AUGCAUAAACAUGAAAAUUUUAAGCUGCAAUUAACAGCUACUAUACCACAAAAACUUGCAUUCUUAAUGCAACAUCCUAUACAACCAAUAAAUAGUGAAUAUGAUAAAUUAUAUUAUCUAAUGAUAAUGAAUGAAAAAAUACCUAGAAAAUGGAUUACAAUAGAACUAAUGUGCAAUAAAGCCAAAGCUGUGUACUGCUCAAUCUGCCUGGCAUUUGCAGUAUGUGAAAACACUUUUACAACAGGCUCAACAAAUUUUCGUCAUAUGCAUUCAGUAAUUAAAAUACAUGAAACAAAAGUACAUAUUAGUGCUGUCGAGGCCUACCUCAGAUCAUCAAAAAAUAAGUCAUUUGAUAAUUCAAUUAGUAUUAAAAUAUUAAAUGAAAAAAAUCGACAAAUUUAUAGCAAUGUCCACAUAAUAAAACAAAUAUUUGAAAUAAUAAAGUUUUUAGGCAAACAAAACUUACCCUAUAGAGGAUCAAAUGUUACUGAAACACUUAGCCACUUUGUAAAUGAAAAUUUGAAUCAUGGGAAUUUCCUGGAAAUGAUUCGUAUUAUAUCAAAAAAUGAUCAAAUAUUAAGAGAUCAUUUAGAGAAGGCUAUUUUAAAGAGCAAACGUAGAAAAAAAAAGCUUAAACUCUCUGAAAAAUCAAAGGGAAGAGGUUCUCUCAUAACCUUGUUGUCGAAAACAACUGUUAACAAAGUUAUAGAUGUUGUUCUUGAUCAGAUCAGGAAUUUAAUAAAAAAGGAGAUUGGUAACAAACGUUUUAGUUUGCAAAUGGAUAGUACUCAAGACAUUAGUGUUUAUGAUCAAGCAACUAUUUGCCUACGAUACAUAUAUAAUGGCAAAAUAACAGAAAGGCUUUUUGCACUUACAAAAGUUACAAACUCUUCUGGAAAAGGAUUUUUUGAUAUCUUGAGUGAAUGCUUUUUAAAACAUGGAAUUCAAAUGAGAAAUAUAAUUGGAGAAUUAUUUAAUGGUGCGGCAAAUAUGAGGGGUGAAUUAGUUGGGUUGCUAGCUCUUAUUAGACAACAGCAGGGAUUCGAACCGAACCCAAACCCGGAGAAGUGA